CCAAAACAAAGGGCAGGCGGCCCGCGGGCCGCGCCGGGGCCGCCGGGGAGCCGCGCCCGCGCUGAGCGAGCCCGGGCCGAUGGGCGCUGCGGGCCGAGGCGCCGAGCGGCGGGCGGCGGUCGUGGAGUGCUCCUCUCUCCCCGGCUGUGUGGACAGAGCCCCAUGCCCUCCGAACAACAACGGCCCUUGCGUGUAUGCUGCAGCGUCUCUUCUGUCAGAGAGCCCAGCACCGCUGCAGCCUGUCCUGCGCCAGCCCUGAGCUGAGCCAGGCGUGCCCAGCAGAGAUGGUGAAGAUGACAAAGUCCAAAACUUUCCAAGCGUAUCUGCCAAACUGCCACCGAACGUACAGCUGUGUCCACUGCAGGGCCCACCUGGCCAAUCACGACGAGCUGAUCUCCAAGUCCUUUCAGGGAAGUCAGGGACGAGCCUACCUCUUCAACUCAGUGGUGAACGUGGGCUGCGGCCCCGCAGAGGAGCGGGUGCUUCUCACCGGCCUGCACGCCGUGGCGGACAUCUACUGCGAGAACUGCAAGACCACGCUCGGGUGGAAAUACGAACACGCCUUCGAGAGCAGUCAGAAAUACAAGGAAGGGAAAUUCAUCAUCGAGCUCGCCCACAUGAUCAAAGACAAUGGCUGGGAGUAGAGUGGGAACUCCCGGUUCUCUUUUGAACGUGAUCUUCUGAAAGAGACGGUAAACGGAGCGGAGACAGGAGCACCCGAUGGCAGUGUUUCUUAACUCGAACCUCGCGGGCGGCCCCUCCCGGCGGACCCCCCGGGUAAGGCGGCCCCUCCAGUCUGUGUCCUCUUCACGUACAUGGUGGUUUCUUAAAAGUUUCAAUGACCUUUUUCUAAUUUCUCAAGAUCUAGAGAAAGACUUAGCAGACUGAUGACGUAUCCAUCUAGUUAACAGCUUCUUUAACCAAUGCCUUUAAGACAGAGCUGGGCUGUGCUCUUUUGUGUUUGAUAGAAAAGCAGACCGAGUCCCCAGAGACCACGGGGAGGUCUCUCUGGAGAGCCAGGCUCCCUCUUGUUUGGAAUGAAGGUACCAUAACCACUUCUCCCCGAUUCGCGGAACCACACUUUGGUUACUCUUCUCGCACUCGAGCUGAGGGCAGUGCUCGUGUAGAAGUUCAUGAGCCUAUGCACCAAGGGUGGUUUUUAGCCUUGUUCAAAACAGAGGCCACCACUGAACAUUUUAGAUAAGCUAUAAACAGAGAAAUGUGUCUAAUGGGACAUCUUCUUUAUUUAAGCCAAUAGCUUCUAUCAUCUAGAGGCGCAGGACCAUCCUGGCCAUGCACAGGCGCAGUCCCGCGGGGGCUCCAGGGCAGGCGCCCGGUGGCUGGUGCGUGGAGUUAAGAGUUGAACACACUGGGCCAAGGGAGAUCAGGUUUCCUCUUCUAUUCUAAUGUACUUGAAAAACAAUUAUUUUUUGCAUAUUUGAAAGAGACCAGAAUAUGAUAAGCUUCCAAAUUUAAGAUUUGCCAGAUUGUUUUAAAUUUUUUUCAGAAAAGGUUACAGUUGCAAGACAGGUGUAAACUUUGCAGUGAAGAUGUUUCCUUUGCUUAGUGGGUCCCCGCGCCUUCCCGGUGCUGUCCUGGGGGCCGGCACAGGCGGGACCCCGCAGCCUCCUAAGGCCUGCGUUUCCGCCUCAGGUUCAAGUUACGACUCGCCCAGGCUUUUGCAGGGAGUGGGCACCACUCAUGGGUUUUGGCCACUUUGCAGAGAAUGGAAACCAGAAAGCAUUCCCACAACCGUUUUGGUUUUCAGUGUUCUACCUGGCUCUGGCCAGCGGGCCCGGCCUGCCGCUUCAGGUGUCUGGGGGGCCUUCCGUGUGGUCACCGUGGCAUGAGACUCCCAGGACCCCAGCGCAGAGGGCCAGGGAGAGGGCCGAGGGAGCGGGGAGAGAGGAGGGCGCCGGCCGGCUCUGAAACUCCAGACAAGGUUAGUCCCACGGCCACAACCUCAAGCUGGCUGGGGACGGGGAGCACUGGCUGCCAGCUGGGGCCCCUCCCUCCUCUGACCGCAGCCUCCCCUCACCCCAGCCACUCACCUGGGCUCCCUUUUGGCACCAUUUCCCCCGGACCUGCAGCCUGGACAGCGGGGAGCGCCCUGCCUGCCCUGGGCACUGGGGCAUCUGCGAGGGUGCCCAGCAGGCCUGGAUGCAUCUCACGUUGCCAAGGAGGCCCCAGGGACAGCGCAGGCCUCCGCUGCAGGCACUGCUGCCUCCCAGGCUGGGCCCCGCGGCCCUGUCCCUGAGCCACGCGUGCCAAUCCCGCUGGAGCCAGCUGGCUCCUCCCCCGCGGCCCGGGCUCGUCUCUGAGAGACGCUUCCUGAUGCCGCGGAACCCCCUUGGCUCCCUCUGUGCACACGCGGCUUGUGCCUGAAGCUUCCGUGCGUUCUGGGCACUGCUGCUGCUCCUCCACCCCGAGCGCCCUGAUCCUGUCCAUCCCCGUGGUGGCACCGAGGCGUCGCUACCAGGAGGCCGCGCCGCCGCCUGUUUCUUCAGCUGACGCCAGCACAGACUCUCAGCACUUCUCUCACUGGUCUUCCUCAAAAUCCAAGCUCCUUUAGAAACCAAAUGAACUGACCGUGAGUGGCUUGGGAGGGACACGCACGGACCCCAGAUGUGCUCAAGUGCUGGGACCUCCACCCUGUGAAAUUCCUAAGCAGUAAAUAUCAUCCCGUGACUUUUAAAUUAUUUAAGAUAUUUUUCUUUGAGAAGAGUGGGAGGCGAGGCCAGGAGUAGAAACGCGUUUUGCUAUGCGGCGUCCUCUGCACAGCACACCUGCUGCAGGAACGUGGGUUCUGUUGCUGUUUUAUACACAUAUACAGUAUUUUUAUACCUUAACGCUUAUUCCUGAUGGCAUCUGUCAGGUAUUAGGAGGGACCAGAAAUGGGAAUUGUUUAAAAAGUCCUUUAAU